AUGUCUCGCACCGGGAGCCGCCUCGCGUCCGCCGUGGUGCGCCUCCCCGGUCGCUCCCGGGUCUCCGCCUCGCCCUCCCCUCGCCGCCGCUCCCUGUCCCCGUCGCCCUCCCCGCGCCGCCAGCGCCGCCGCGACCGGUCCCCCAUCCCCUCCCGCGACCGCCGCGGCGAGAGGUCCCCCGUCCCGUCCCGCGACCGCCGCCGCGACCGAUCCCCUAGCCCCUACCGCGACCGCCGCCGCGACCGGUCCCCUAGUCCCUUCCGUGACCGCCGCCGCCAGUGGUCGCCCUACCACAAUGAGCGCGGUCGGGACAUGGACCGGGUUCGGGACGUGGAGCCCCCGGCGCGCCGUGGCGGCGGUGGGGGAGGCGAAUGGUCCGCCUCCGAUGACGACGACGAGGAUCUCAAGGGCCUCACCUACUUCGAGUACCGCCGCGUCAAGCGCCAGAAGCUCCGCAAAAGCCUGAAGAAGUGCAUCUGGAAAGUCACGCCCAGCCCUCCUCGCCGUGACGACGAGGCCGACGAGUACCAGUACAGUGAGGAGGAGGAGGAGAAGGACAAGAAGGAAUCGCCCAAGAAGGAGUCAUCUGAGAAGAGCGAUGAGGAGGAGAACAAGGAUUCGUCGGAAUCUGAGUCCGAUGAGUCUGGUAGCUUAUCUGAUUCCAGUGAAUCAGAUUAUUCUAGGAAGAAAAAGAAAGGGCGUAAGGGCAGACGUUCUAGCAGCAAGCGCAACAAGCCUGCCCAUCGUCGCCACAGGAAGUCUGAUAUGGAGAGUGAGAGUGAUAGCAAGGUCGAUGAGGAUUCAGAGGGUUCCGAUGACUCUGAAGAUUCUAGGGAUAAGAGGAGGAGCAAGAGAUCGCGGAGGCACAAGAAGUCUAAGAGGAGGGGACGGAGCUCUAGGAGGAAGACGAGUAAGAGUCUGGAUGUACCAUCUGAUGUUAGCUCCGAGGAGGUGGAGGUGUUAGUCUCUAGCCCUAUCUCAACGGACAGCAAGAAAAUGGGCAAGAGCUCAAGGAAGAAGAGUAGCAGUCAGUCUGAUUCUGAAGAUUCGAUCCCUUCUGAUGCCAUCAUUGAUGAAAAGGAAAUUGAAGAGACAGAUGAGCCUGAGAUUGACCCAGAGGCAAUUAAGUUCAAGGAAAUGCUUGAGGCCCAGAAGAAGGCUGCACUGGAGAAUGAGAUGCCGGUUGGACCGAUGCCACUCCCGCGUGCUGAUGGUCAUAUUAGCUAUGGUGGUGCACUCAGACCUGGUGAAGGUGAUGCCAUUGCACAGUAUGUACAGCAGGGGAAGCGUAUCCCACGGCGUGGUGAGGUUGGUCUGUCUGCAGAUGAGAUUCAGAAGUUCGAAGAUUUGGGGUAUGUGAUGAGUGGAAGCAGGCACCAGAGGAUGAAUGCUAUCCGUAUAAGAAAGGAAAACCAGGUUUAUAGUGCAGAGGAUAAGAGAGCACUGGCCAUGUUUAACUACGAGGAGAAGUCAAAGAGAGAGCACAAGGUUAUGGCUGAUUUGCAGCGCUUGGUUUCAAGAACCAUUGGCCAAGAGACAGGACCUUCACAUGAUCCAUUUGCUGCUACAGAUGACUGA